UUAGGUGCUUUUGGUUCCGCCAAUCACAUGACGGAGAUAUGAUAUGGCGCGCGGUGUGGCGGGAGCGUGGUUGGAAGCACACCUCUGCUACAGGCUGCGACUGUGUUGAAUUGCGAGAAGGUAUACCUGUGCAUACAGUAACAUAAUGGCUAAGGGGUCUUCGAGUCGCACGACACGAAAGGGCGACGGUAUACAGCUUCCUGCGCAGCACGACACCCGGACGUCGGACGAGACCGACGUGCCUCCCUCUCCCAUGCCAGACUUUCCGAGGCGUGAUGACUACCCCAAGGUUCCAGACCCCGCGUUCCCGGACAGGAUGGUGUCGACGAAGCAGGCGAAUCGCCCCUUCCUGAACUAUUCCGAGUACCGCUCGAAACGCGAGGCGGAGCAUGCGGCGUGGGCCGAACGCAAGAAGGAGCGGGACGAGAGGCUCGCGCGGGGCGAGCAGGUGGGUACGGAGGAGCCCGACCCGACCGGUGAGCCGGAGGUGGGGUGUCUGGGCCUGCUCAAGCUCGUCCUCUACGCGACGGUGUUCGCCCUCCUUGCCGGCAAGUUCAUCACGGGCAGCUUCCUCUGGGAGCAAGAACUUCCCAAUUUCAAGAAGUGGAUCCCGACGAAUCAGCGGCUCUUCUCCGAACGCAUGCUCGCGACCUUUGAUGGGUCGGACGACACGAAGCCUAUCUAUCUUGCCAUCGAUGGCGAUGUGUUCGACGUUAGUCCGAGUCGCCUAACAUACGGCCCAGGCGGCCCCUACCAUACGUUCGCUGGGACGGAUGCCGCACGGGCCUACGGGACCGGGUGCUUCAGCACGCAUCUUACACAUGACCUUCGCGGGCUAAGCGAGGACGAGCUGAAGGGCGUCGAGAAGUGGAAGCGGUUCUACGCGAAUAGUAAGAAGUACGUCAAAGUCGGGCGAGUGUCGCAUCCCCCGAUCGACCCAGAGAGCCCGAUUCCAGAGCACUGUGAUCCGAAGAAGGCGAGAGCGCGGCGGUCUCCCGAGCAGGUUGAGGACAUGAAGCAGCACGAGCGGACGCAGCAGCGGUCGAGGCCGGGCGGGCGAAAUGAGCUGUAGGCGGGCGUAUAUGAACUGAGGG